UAUUCAGAGAGUCCAGAAACGACGAAGCGCAGCGAAUUGAGCACUGGGUCGAGCCUUGGCGCUGCGAUUUGGUUCCAGUAAUGCCGCUCUCUUCAUCUCUCCCACACAGAAGAUCAUUCAAUCUCGCGAUAGGGGGCAAUGACGAGCGACGAAGAGAGACUUCUGGAGCUGCAGCUGGAGGUUCAAUUGCACGAGCAAAAAGACUCUCUCGCCGCCUUACAGGAUGCCCUAGCCUCCGACGCCUCCAAUCUCGAGCUUCUUGCKGUUCAUGAGGAGCUUGUCCAAGCAAUUAAAGAUGCCGAGGAAGGGCUUCUUCACCUUAAGCGUGCUAGGUUGUUGCGAGAGGCAGAUUCGGUGUUGCGUGGUUGUGAUAGUAACGCGGAGGAUGUUCGGGUGGAGCCUCUUGAUCCUACGGAUGUCGAGCCUGAACCUCUAGAGGACCAAAGUUUCAUCGUUGGAUCAAAAUGCAGAUUCAGGCAUACCGAUGGACGUUGGUAUGAUGGUGAAAUUGUUGGAUUGGAUGGUUCUAAUUCUGCGAAAAUUUCUUUCCUCACUCCUACGACUGAGAAUUUGCUGAUAUGCAAGUUCUUCUUACAACAAAGAUGUCGGUUUGGCACUAGCUGCCGCUUAUCGCAUGGAGUUGAUAUCCCUUUAACCUCCAUUAGGAAAUAUGUGCCAACAGUUUGGAACCAGUCACUGGCAGGGUCUCGUAUCUGGGCUCUGUCGUCUAGGAAUGGCAUUUGGAGGCAUGCYGAACUUGAAUCUUGGGAUGAUGCUCUUCAAGUUGCACAAGUUGUUUUCAAAGAUGAUGGAUCCUCUCAAAAUCUUGGGCCAGAGGACAUAGCAUUGUCUGAAUAUGCUCAAAUUAGCGAUGAAGAGGAAAGUGACUCCAGCUUGGAACRGUCUGAUUCAAGUGAUUAUGAAGAGGAUGGUUUGCAGGGUUUGGGAUUUCUAGAAAGCUCUACCCAGCAGAGGGGCAUCCAGACGGAGACCUCCAUAUUUGCUAAAUGGGAGAACCAUACCCGGGGAAUUGCUUCCAAGAUGAUGGCUAAUAUGGGCUAUCGUGAAGGAAUGGGUUUGGGCGCGUCUGGGCAGGGGAUGCUAAAUCCUAUUCCUGUCAAAGUGCUUCCAGCGAAGCAAUCUCUUGAUCAUGCUCUGGAGUCUCAGAAAGAGCAUAAUAGCAAUAGUAAUGACGAGAAUAUAGGUAAGAAACGAAGCAGAGGCGGUAAGAGGAACCGUGAGAAAAAGUUUGCUGCAGCAGCCCGGGCAGCUAAAGAGGAAGACGAGUCAAGACCUGAUGUAUUUAAUCUUAUCAACAACCACCUUGCUAUGCAUAAUGCAGCAUUGAAUGGUGGAUCUGUGAAGAAACAGAAAGAUAGAGGUUCAGAAGAUGGGAAGAAGGUGGAUAGACGAACCUUAAUUGCAUAUGACGAUGAGGUGAAAGACCUUCGACUACGAGCCGAGAAGCUUGAAGAAAUGGUGAACAGAAAUAGGAAAGAGAAGGCUGUCUACGAGGCUGCCUCAAGAAAGCUGAUCGAGACUCGCAAAGCUUUGGUCGAGGCAGAGGCAGCUCAUGCUUCUGCCUCCAAUGCAGUCACCAGCAGAGAAAAGGAAAAAAGAUGGUUGAAGUUUUAGGAUUUCAUAUGAUGUUAUUGUAUAAUGAUAGCUCCACUUGGUAGAAGAUUCAUUUCACUCUCUGAAACUGCUUCUUCUCCACGUUAAUUAUUGAGGUGGAUCCCUAUUUAUCACUUUUCAGAUGAUAGAAUUCUAGAUUUAGUGUAUGCAGGUGACAGGCUGACCAUUAUUCAUAAUUCUGAAACCUGAAGUAUGGUAUAACUUGUUAAUUGUUAUAGUUAUAGUUCCAACUUUUGUUCCAUUUA